AUGUGCGGAAAUCCACCAGAGGAGCAGGAUUAUGCAGUCUACAGUCUCCGAAUGACUGCCCAUCUGGUAGAAGCAUCUUCAAUUACCAGUUUCACAGCAACUCGUUUGAACCAGACCACCUUUCGUCUUGUGGAGGAUGACCGCCACAUUGAGCGGCCAAUGAUUUACGUGAAACUGUACCCAACUUGCGUCGUGGUCAUCGAUACCGGGUGCAAUGACCCCAUGGAUAAGUCCCUCCCGGUUACAGGCCUGCGGAGAUUCAUAGAGACCGUUCCGAUUCAUGAAAACAAGGGAAAGCCUUUGAAUCCCGACGGUCGCUUGCCUUACGUUAUUUUGAUCUCUCAUUGCCAUUAUGACCACAUUGGAGGGCUGGAAACCUUUGAUGGUAGUUCCUACCACAUCUACUGCAGUCGGAUUUUGCUUUCGGAAAUAGUUGCAAAAUCUCGACUACACCAUGAUUCGCUUCGAGAAUCUCGCUCUUUACCACCGAUGGGACUUGAUCUAGAAAGAGUUACUGGUGUGUCAGAUGGCUAUUCUUUAGUUGAUGCAGAUGGUGUGGAAUUGAACCUCCAGCUGCUACACGCCCCUGGUCAUUCACCGGACCAUAUGGUAGUGUUGGACCUUGAUGAAAGUACCGUAUUUUUGGGGGACUCAGCGUAUGAGCAAAGUCCUCUAUUCUACGCAUAUGGAGGAGAUUUGGUUCUACACAUUCAGACUCUGGCUCGGCUAGAGACUCUCAUCACGGAUUAUGAAAAACCCGAAGGUGCGGCAGUUUGGACCGCAGCGUGCGGCCAUUUCAGCUCUGGACUCAACGCAAUCUCACUUCUGCAGCGAACGAAAAAGUUUAUUUUGGAUGUGAUAGAAGGAAAAGUACCUUCCCAGAGUCAAGAGGCCAAUCCCUUCCAAGUUGACGGUGUCUUGGAAUUUUUCACUCGCGACGAACUGGCUAUGGCAUGCCCAGAUCACCUCCUUCAAGCUGCAAAAAGCUCAUCAAUAUCAUUGUCCUCAUCGUGA